AUGGAGAAACCAGAUGUACUGCCACUUGCUGCUUACUCAGAUAGGAAAUUUAUCAAAUGUUUGCAGAAACGUUCUGAUGAAAGAACGGAUGAGGAUUUGCAGUAUAUUUAUUCCCAGUUACAUGGGAUGGAAGCGCUAAAUACGCUGAGAGAACCAGCGUUGAGGGCGAUAUGCAAAUCUCUGAGAUACGAGUUCCAUGACGCCAACGAUAUACUUUACUGUCGUGAUGAACUAAGCAUUUCCUGGUUCAUUCUCUUAUGUGGCUCUGUCUUUAUUGACGGAUCUAUGUAUUUGCCGAGAAGCAGUUUUGGAAAACGAACCUCAGGAAGUGGCCGCAGAGGAAGUGAAUGUCUUAUAUUAGAGCCUUCUGAAAUGCUUGUUAUUGACUAUCCUGAUGUUCAAUUAAUGAAGCCUGGGCAACGUCAAUCCUGUACAACUAUGAACUUAGAAAAACUACUUGCUUUAGAACAAGAAGAGGUCAAAAUCGCAAGAACACAAUCUUUGGGUGAAGACCAUCAGCUUCCUACCGAACUUGAACACGUACAGAGCCUGAUUAACAGAGUGGAGCAGCAAAGAGGAGGGAUGCAUAUCCGGGUACCGAGUACCCCCAGUAUUAGCGAUAAGAGCUCACGUCCAAGUAGUGAUUCUAGUAGUUACUCAGAUUUAUUCCAGCCAAUUGACAGCAUCGAUGUCGAUCUUACUGGAUUGGUGGAAAGUACGGUUGAUUCAGACGAAGAAGACCUUCAGGAGUCGUCUGAGUCUCUUUCUGUACGAGAUAUUGUCCGUGACUGUCUGGAAAAAGAUCCUAUAGACCGCACAGAUGAUGACAUUGAAAUAUUGCUUGAUUUUAUACGCCAUUUACCAGCAUUUUCGAACAUGACGCUAGCAGUGCGGCGGGCAUUAUGUGCUGUUAUGGUGUUCGCAGUUGUUGAAAAAGCUGCCACUGUUGUCAUGAAAGAUGGUGAAGAGCUUGACUCGUGGUCUGUUAUUUUGAAUGGCCAUGUUGAGAUUAGUAGACCAGAUGGAACCCUGGAACAUUUACAUUUAGGAGACAGUUUUGGCUGCGUACCAAGCCUAACGAGGCAAACACAUCGUGGCCUAAUGAAGACGAAAGUAGACGACUGCCAGUUUGUGUGCAUAGCGCAGACCGACUAUUACAGAAUUUUACAUCAGGGAGAGGAGAACACACGGAAAGUUGAGGAGGAAGGGGAGGUUGUCAUGGUAACAGAGCACCGGGUUCUUGAUGGUGGCAAUCGAAAGGGACAUGUUGUAAUUAAGGCGACAAGCGAUCGGCUAAUGCAACACUUAAUAGAGGACCAUUCCAGCGUGGAUCCGUGCUACGUUGAAGACUUCUUGAUGACUUACCGAACAUUCCUCAAAAGCGCCUUAGAGGUCACCACAAAUUUACUUAAUUGGUUUAGAAAUUCCAGCAUUAGAGAUCGGUUUUAG